GGCACCAGAGGGAGGGGAGGGGAGGGAGGCUGGUUUCCGGUUCCGGCCGGGCCUGGACGAGUUGCAGCCUGGCGGUGGGCCCUCCGCCCCGACCCGCGAGGGAGCAGGGAAGGGCUCUGGGGGGCUCCCCUCACUCCGACCGUGCCACGCCGGGACCAGCCCUGUUUGGGGCGCGGAGGAGGCUGGGGCAGCGCCAUACGCCGGCAGUGCCCCCUCCUGGGCGGAGAUGGAAGCCAAUGCAGCAAGCGACGAGGGUGUGCAUUUCCAGAGCUACCCCUUCGACUUUUUGGAGUUCCUGAACCACCAACGCUUUGAACCUAUGGAGGCCUACAAUCACGAGCACGCCAAAGCAGUCGCUGCCCUUCCCUGCCCACAGCCACAGUACGACUACACCCAGCAGACGACAGCUGCCCCACCGACCCACUUUGACCGUGUGCCCACUGCCCUCGGCACAUCAAAGCCCAAAGUUGAAGGCCCAUCACCUUCUUCCUCUACAACUGUUUCAUCAGCUAACAUCCAAGUCAAGAAAUCUGAACCAGGAGGUCCUGCACCGGCUCCUCAGCAGCAGCAGCAGCAACAACAACAACAGCCACCUUACAGCACUCCAGCAGUGGUGCCUGCAACCAGUCAGCCUCUCUUUGAUAGCACAGCGGCUGCAGCCGCUGCAGCUGCAGCUUAUAACACUCCUCAGUGGGGCAUUGUGGAUCUGUCCGGUCAUCAGCACCUCUUCAGCAGCCUAAAACGUGGGCAGGCUCAAACUCCUGCUACUUCUGCUGGUGUUGUAGCUGGUGACAGCCAGGCAGGCAAGGACGACAAGAACUACUUCCGACGUUUAAAAUACUUCAUCGACCGGCGCUUCCCUUGUGGAGUGUGCCAAAAAUCAUUCAAGCAGUCAUCUCACUUAGUGCAACACAUGUUAGUGCACACGGGUGAGCGGCCCUAUGAGUGUACCACUUGUGGGCGCACCUACAACCACAUUUCCAGCCUCAUCCGGCACCGCCGCUGUCACAAGGACACUGAGGAUGCCACAGCAGCUGCCAGUGCAGCUGAUGCUAAUGUGGUAGCAGCGGCAGCCGCAGCAGCAGCAGCUGUGGUGGCUGCCAAUGCAGCUACUGCUCCAGGUGCUGAGGGAACCACCCAGCCUCCUGCCCAAAGCAGCAACCCUCAAGUGGUACCUGCGCCUGCUGCGGGCACAGCAGUAUCUGCUCUCAGUGCUGCCAUAGCUCAGGCUGAAGGCCCCUUCACCUGCUCUCUUUGCUGGAAGGUGUUCAAAAAGCCAAGCCACCUGCACCAGCAUCAGAUCAUUCACACAGGCGAAAAGCCAUUCUCAUGCUCUGUCUGCCAGAAAAGCUUCAACCGUCGGGAGAGCUUGAAACGACAUGUGCGGACCCACUCAGACUUGUUGCGAGUGCAGUGCGGAGUCUGCGGCAAGGAAUUCCGGGAUGCCUCCUACCUGCUUAAGCACCAAGCAACCCAUGCACCUCCUGGUACCUUACCACCACGUCCUGAGUAUAAGUGUGAUAUCUGUGGCAAAGGCUAUGUGGCUCCUCAGAAUCUACUGCGCCAUCGGCAGCUACAACACGAAGGAGCUCAACUGCCCAAGGAUGGCACCGGUGCCCUGUCCUACCUGCCUCCAGGGGCCUAUCUUCUGCCACAAGACCCACAGGCAACUAGUUCUGAUGGUGACACCAAACCAACCUCGUAUGGACUUCUCGGUGCUCAUCCAUUGCUGGUGGGAACAGCAGCAGGCAAGAAUUUCUGUUGUGGGAUCUGUGGCCGAGGGUUUGGGCGCCGAGAGACUCUCAAGCGGCAUGAAAGGAUCCACACAGGUGAGAAGCCUCACCAGUGCGCUGUGUGUGGGAAGCGCUUCCGUGAAUCUUUCCACCUCAGCAAGCACCACGUGGUGCACACGCGGGAGAGACCCUACAAGUGUGAGAUAUGUGGAAAGGUUUUUGGUUACCCACAGAGCUUAACCCGCCACAAACAAAUCCACCGGCUGCAGCUUCCUUGCUCUUUGCCACCCAUGGGGCCCUCCUUGACACCCAUGGGGCCAUCGCUACCCCCACCUCCUGAGGGGCUAACGUAUGGCUGCUCGGACUGUGGGGAGCGCUUUCCUGACCUCUUUCAUGUCAUGAGCCACAAAGAAGUCCAUGUGGCUGAGAAGCCGUACCCUUGUGAUGUCUGUGGCAAGUGUUUCGGAUUCAUUGAAAACCUCAUGUGGCACAAGCUGGUCCACCAGGCUGCUCCUGAGCGGCUCUUGCCACCAGAUGAAACCGCAGCUGCGGUAGCCCCUCUGGAAAAUGGGAUGGCCAGUGGCGACAACUUGACAUCUUUUGAGGAUCACCAUCCCACCUUGCCAAGUGGCGAGCGCUUUUCAUGCUCCAUUUGCGGCCAAACCUUCAAGCAUUUCCUGGGUCUUGUGACCCAUAAGUAUGUGCACCUGGUGCGACGCACAUUGGCCUGUUCAGUCUGUGGGCAGAGUUUUGCAGGAGCCUAUGAUCUGCUGCUGCAUCGACGUACCCACCUGCAGAAGCGCCAUUUCUCUUGCCCAGUCUGUGGCAAACGUUUCUGGGAAGCUGCCCUUCUCAUGCGCCAUCAGCGUUGCCACACCGAGGAGCGCCCUUACCGCUGCACAGUCUGUGGACGUGGCUUCCUACGUUCGUGGUACCUGCGUCAACACAAAGUGGUGCACACUGGCGAGCGAGCCUACAAGUGUGCCCUCUGCAACAAACGGUUUGCCCAGUCGUCCAGCUUGGCUGAACAUCAGCGCCUUCAUGUCGUUGCUCGGCCCCAGCGUUGCCCCACUUGUGGCAAGACCUUCCGCUAUCGCAGCAACCUUCUGGAGCAUCAGCGAGUGCACUUGGGUGAGAAGGUCUACCGCUGCGACCGUUGCUCCAAGAGUUUCUUCUACCUGUCAUCCAUAUUACGUCACCAACGUUCCCACGAUGCAAAGCGUGAGUUACGAUGUGGGGCCUGCCUCAAGCUCUUCAAAGACCCCAAGUAUUUCAGCAAACAUCUCCAGGCCCACCAAGGUGGACGCCCAUUCAAGUGCAGCACCUGCGGAGAAGCCUUCUCCAAUACCUAUGGGCUCAAGAAGCACCGCCACAUUCACAAGAUGGAGCGCUUUGCUGCUAUGGGGGCUCACAAGGAACAACAACCCUAGGGUUGGGGUGAUAGCAAGAGAAAUGGGCAGUCCUUACUAUGGUACUUUAAGGUGAGAGAUGAUGCUAGUUCCUGGCUGUUGUGAGCCAUGAGAACAGCAGGUUUCCAAAUAUAAUAGGUAAGAUGGCAGUGCUUGUUGGCAGAGAGAUACUACAUUUGUGAAGACACAUAAAAUCACAAGGCCAUGAGUAUAACAAGCCAUGUACCAGAGAUUGAAUGCAAGUGGGGCUUCAAUUGCAAGAGGUAGCUGCCUGGUAACAACAAAUGCAUAUUAUUCUGUCCUCCCCUGGAUUUCCUAGCCUAAGUGUCAAGAGAGAGAUAAUUGACAAGUGGCUACCAAUUUUGUAUACAGUGUUGGGAAUGAAAGCUUUUGGCUUUUUUUAUUCCUUGUGAUCAGUCAAAACCAAGUUAUGGAAUAGUUGUUUUAGAAUCGCAUCAUUUCUGUUGGAAGAUAUUGAAAUGGAGCAGAAGCCACUCUGGAUUCCCCCUUGCAAGAAGAGAUGGUGCUUCCUGUAUGCCCCUUUCCCUUGAAUGGAAUAGCAAGAGCAGAUCCACACAUUGGAGGCAGGACUGGAAAGGACAUGGUAUAGUUCUUCAAGAAUGCUCACCCCACUUUUUUGCAAACCUCGCCACUUGCUCUAUGCCAUACAAGCCUUGCUUAUUUUCUGGGGAGGAAAUGUGUUAAUUUGUGUGCUUUCUUCACAUUUAUAAAGACAGUAGAUUAGUUAUCUUUAAAGACCUUGGGAAUUAGUGGGAGGUGGCUGCUAACUAAAUAGAGUUUAACUCAUGAUCAGAAUUGCAAAUAGAGGAGUCUUCUGGAAUUAUGUUCUGGCAUAUGGUGCAAUAGAUGCAUUUGCACCAUCAAAUCUCUACCUACCUUCCUGUCUCCCAAGACAGUGCAGGUUCACAGUGCAACUAACUGGAGGAUCAAAACAUGAAUGCUUCUUCAAAUAAAAAAGAAAGAAAAAAACCCUCUACUCAGAGGGCAAACAAUUGUGGAAAUCUGGUUCAAGCCCUACCUUCUUGUUGACAUGCCAGCUUUCCACAUAGAGGGAGUAUUCAAUGUGGGAAAACAUUCCAAGAUGUCAUUCUCCCAUACACAUUCUAAAUUGGUACACUCCCAGGAUGAUUGUACCAUAUACAUUCUGAAUUGGCCCUCAGAAGGUAGUCAGGAAGUAUAAAAGUACUGUACAUCACUUGUCAUCCAACUUGGGUAUAUGCAUGGUGUUUCCCUUAUGUGUCUCAGAAUGCUACUAUUCUUACAUAAUCCAGAACAUUUUGACACCUUGCAUAUAUAAGCCUCCAUCAAUUUAUGCAUAUCAUUUCUCAAGCCAGAAGUGGAUCGGUUCUGUAAAGGGAGUUAUGGUUGGGUAGUCACCCAUCUCCAGGCCAUUUCCACUUGUUUGUGUUAUUGCUGUCUCUUUCCUGUGUUGUGAAGAUGAGAGAGGUGAAAGGAAAUACAACUGGCGAUUCCUUAAGCCAGGCCUGUAUGUUGCAUUGGCUGCCUAGCACACCUAGCAGGUAUUCUGUAGACUGAGCCAUAAGCUCAUUCCUCUUCCAUGCAAGAGAUGCAAUACUCUUACAUCAGACUCAGUGCUGGUUGUCUUAGUCUGAGGCUGGAAUUUCCCAUGGUAGCAUUCUCAUCUACAGUCUUAUAUUGAGACCUUCCACCACAACCUCUCCAAAUGGAAAGGAAGUGGAUGGAUACAGUAUGGGCAAAAGAUACUUGUAAAUUUCCCAUCUUCCUCCUGUGCAUCUCCUCUUUGCAUUCCUUCAUCAGGUUUCAUAAGAUACUUUGGAAAUCUCAAGAGACAGGAGGGAAGGUGGCAACCAAAGAGUUCUCGAGAUGUUCUCUUGUGGACACCAUGAAGCUGAUUGCAUCACCACAAAAUGGUGGUUGAAGUUGAUCUUCCGCUGAAAGCUGUACUAUUGGAGAUUUGUUGUUUAUCCAUUUCAGCAAGGGCAGAGUAUGCUAACUUCUUUCAGGUGGCAGUACCAAAGGUGCCUCCCUACUAUUCCUGAUCUAGUGCCCCUAUGGUUCCUGCCUUGAUGAGAGCCGGCCAAGGAUAUGAGGACCCAAAGAUGCAUUUUGAAUCCAAUGUCUUUGUCCAUCCACUCCAGUGCCUGGAAGAAGAGAGAAAGGAGGGUGGCUGUUGCCAAAGGUGUAGGGUGAUUUGUGGGAGAGACAGUUGUGAUAGAUCUGGACAAUAAAUAAGUCAGGGUAUUAGAAGAAACCUUGCAAAAUUGGGUGAUACAAAAGUAAGCUGGCUAGAUACAUAAUGAACAGAGUGAAGAAGAAGCCUAGUCUUCAUUCAACCACAAUUCCCAUGCUGGCUCAAUUCAAGGACAACUUAUUUUGCCCAUAUUGAAUCCGACCUAGUUGGACUAAUGUCUCUGAUCAGCUGAAAUAUUACUAUUAGCGGUUUCCAAAAGUGGCUGAUACCUGGAUGUUCCUUUUCUUGUUAUAUCUUGAUAUAAAAAUGUAAAGGCCUGAACCUGUAGCUAAAAUUCAGUGGAACCUUCCUGUAGUGGUGGCUAUACCUUUGCCUGCAUUAUAUGGAAGCUGAUUUUUUUUCUCAUAUAGAAUAUUCUCUCCCUCACCUUGGUAUUUGCCAGUAGAGCUAAGUCUGAUGUUAGAUUCCUUUUGCCCUUUAUGAAUACAACAUAUCUUAAUUAUACAAUCUGCUUUAUAGUGUCAUCUGCCUUUACAUUUAGUUGAACAUUGCUUCUACAGGAACCCCACUGGAAACUGAGAACCUCAGAACUGGCAAUUAGUUCCUACACAAAAGUGUAUUAUUAGCUUAUACUAUCCAGAAAAUGUGGUCACGACUAACUCAGUAUAUGGAGUGUUUAUUAAAUUGUUUAAUUGUACCUUCCCAAUUGGACAAUGAAACAUAAGAGAGCAGAGAGCAUAGGUGGGUGAAGAGAAACAAUUAGGUUUCUAUAAUGACUGUUUUAAUUGCAAAACUGAUGUCCAACCAGGUCUUGUCAAAAUGGUAGCCUGUUUCCUAAAGAUAAGGAAUGUGGUAUGACUUUCCUAGUUUGGUUUGGUUUUUAAUUUCUCUGAUCUCACUAAAAAAAGAAGUGGUAAUUAUCACCUUUAACUUCCUUUCCUUUAUUCAAAAUCAGGAUAUUUGGCAAGUGGCAAAACACAAUUCUUCUCAUCCAUAAAUAAUAUUGAAUAAAUACUUGCAGUUGGUGUGAGUUGAGAAUAUGAAAUGGCUAUCCUUUUUAGUAAAAUGUACAAUGGAAGUGAGAAGGCAUAGUGUUAACUAGCAAGGGCUUGUCUGACCAUUAAUAUUUGUUGGAGCACAGCUGUUUACAUGAAGUCUGUAUCCACUCUUCUUUCUAGGAGCAGUUUAGUUUAUUAAACUAUACUCUUCUGUCUUGGUUGGGCUUUGCUAGCUGGUUUGAUGUGAGAUUACUGUGAACUCAAAUAACAUAUGUGAAAAAUACUGGAAACAAAGCAAAUUAGGGUACUCCUUCCUAUAUAUCUGAGGUGGUCUGGCAGAUUUGAGACUAGUAGAUAAAGGGAGGAAGCAUUAUUUGAUCUGAACUCUAUAUAUGAAGAGGAUACUGUAAGUGGGUUGAAAAGCUGGUGUGGAUUUUGCUUCUGGUUGGAUAAUUCAUUGGAAGACCAAUUGGUUUGGAAAUUGCAGAUGCUAACAACCAUCCUUCCCACUAUACUAUCUUGGCUUCUAUAAUCUUGGUUAAUUUUUCAGCCCUGAAGUGUGCAUGACUGCAAUGAUGGAUGUCACACCGGUCCUCAUCAAUCCCAAAUGCCUUUUUGCUGUUUACUGGGACUACGUAGAGGGUGGGAAUUAUACUACAUCGUUUUCUAGCAUCGGAACCUUUUCAGAUUCCUCAAGAUGCACAGCCAUUUUCUGAGGAUUUCUUCAAACUUGCAGUUUUUUGGGAAAUAAGGAUUCUCUGUUUCUAACUGCAACUGAAUUUGCCUCGAUUCACCUCGUCCCAAACUGGAGAUCGGCAUUGUUUGAGAGAGGACUCAAACAUCCUCAGACCAAUGACUGUUGUAUAACCUUUGAAUGAAGAGUCGUGCCACUAAUAGGACCCAACCCAUUGCGAUCAUGUUAGCAAACGACUUUUUGUAUUAAUAUAGAUAUAUACAUACAUUUAUAUAUAAAUACUUCUUUUCUAACUACCCUUUCCUCCCAUUGGCCACAGAGUGCAGGAUGUGCAGUUCUUUUGGUGCCAAGAUCCAAGACCCUUUAAUAGUGUGUACUAAACUAUGUAUAGGACCCUGUCAUUGUCCAUGCAGCUGAUGGGCCUGGACCGAUAACCUGUCCCUCCUCCACUUCGUUGUACCCCUCGGGGAUUGUACAGCGUGUGUUUUCUCAAUCAGGGGUGGGGGAAUGGGAAUGUGUGUGUGUUUUAAACCAACCAAUUGUUUUAAAAGUAUCUGAUUUAUGAUGUACAGACUAAACAAACAUUAAAAAGAGACAAUGAA